AUGGCGUCAGCGGGGUCUGCGGCGGGGGAGGAGACGGUGCGCGCGUCGCUCAUUGUGAUCAAGCACGAGGGGUCCCGGCGCAAGGCGUCGUGGAAGGACCCCGAGGGCCAGGUCAUCUCCGCCACCACGCGCGCCGACGCCGCCAUGCGCCUCGGCGAGCUCCUGGCUCAGAUCUUCGUCGGUCGCGCCUCCUUCGCUGACAUUGCCGCGCAGCACUCGGACUGCUCCUCCGCCCGCCGGGCGACGAGCUAG